UGUGUUGUGUCUGUCUGUCAGGCCGGGAGACAGAUGCCCAAACUUUCCAACAAGAAACUGUGUGCCGACGCCGAGUGUAGCCGUGAAGACUGGAGCUGACUGGGACAACAUCUGGUGAAGACUGGAUCUGACCGGGACAACAUCUGGUGAAGACUGGAGCUGACUGGGACAACAUCUGGUGAAGACUGGAGCUGACUGGGACAACAUCUGGUGAAGACUGGAGCUGACUGGGACAACAUCUGGUGAAGACUGGAGCUGACUGGGACAACAUCUGGUGAAGACUGGAGCUGACUGGGACAACAUCUGGUGAAGACUGGAGCUGACUGGGACAACAUCUGGUGAAGACUGGAGCUGACUGAGACAACAUCUGGUGAAGACGCCGGUUCUACAAACAAGGAGCUAUUACUCCUCGGCCUGAAGUCUUAGAAUGAAACUAACAUGAUCUGCUUGAAGAUGAAGAGGGAGUCACUAGACUGCAGCAUGCAGACAGACCAGGGACCGUACAGGCCAGCAUGCAGACAGACCAGGGACCGUACAGGCCAGCAUGCAGACAGACCAGGGACCGUACAGGCCAGCAUGCAGACAGACCAGGGACCGUACAGGCCAGCAUGCAGACAGACCAGGGACCGUACAGGCCAGCAUGCAGACAGACCAGGGACCGUACAGGCCAGCAUGCAGACAGACCAGGGACCGUACAGGCCAGCAUGCAGACAGACCAGGGACCGUACAGGCCAGCAUGCAGACAGACCAGGGACCGUACAGGCCAGCAUGCAGACAGACCAGGGACCGUACAGGCCAGCAUGCAGACAGACCAGGGACCGUACAGGCCAGCAUGCAGACAGACCAGGGACCGUACAGGCCAGCAUGCAGACAGACCAGGGACCGUACAGGCCAGCAUGCAGACAGACCAGGGACUGUACAGGCCAGCAUGCAGACAGACCAGGGACCGUACAGGCCAGCAUGCAGACAGACCAGGGACCGUACAGGCCAGCAUGCAGACAGACCAGGGACCGUACAGGCCAGCAUGCAGACAGACCAGGGACCGUACAGGCCAGCAUGCAGACAGACCAGGGACCGCAUUCACAAAGCAGCUCAGAGUAGGAGUAUUGAUUUAGGAUCAGUUUUGCGUU